CGCAAAGUAACAUGAACCCUUCUCUGUCUCGUCUGUUUCCCCAGCAGAGCCAGCUUCACGUGAGAAGUUAUGGCACAGGCGUAUUAAAGUGCAUUACAGUAGGCGAAGUGUUACCAUCAUGUUCGACGAGAAGGAUGUGGUCGCAAUCGGCCAAAUGCUGGUCAACCCAAAAAAAGACCUGGCUUCAAGGUUUCGGGCACUUUUCACGCUCCGCAACUUGGGUGGAGCAGAAGCCAUCAAAUGGAUAAGUCAAGCAUUCGAGGAUGAGUCUGCCUUACUGAAACAUGAACUGGCGUACUGCUUGGGUCAAAUGCAAGACGAGGGCGCCAUUCCUGUUCUGGAGACGGUCCUAAAAGAUGUCAGCCAGGAGCCUAUGGUCAGACAUGAAGCAGGUGAAGCUUUGGGAGCCAUUGGAAAUCCAAAGGUGUUGAAUUUGCUCAAGGAGUACUCUGAAGAUCCCGUCAUAGAGGUGGCUGAGACGUGUCAGUUGGCCGUGAGGCGGCUGGAGUGGCUGAUGAGCGGUGGGAGUGAAGAGGGGGCUGAUGGGAACCCGUACAGCUCGGUGGACCCUGCGCCGCCCGCCACCCAGAAGAGCGUGUCAGAGCUCAGGACGCAGCUCCUGGACGAGAGCCUCCCGCUGUUCGAGAGAUACAGGGCCAUGUUUGCCCUGCGCAAUAUGGGCACUGAGGAGGCCGUGCUGGCUCUUGGCGAUGGUCUCCAGUGCAGCAGCGCCCUGUUCCGGCACGAGAUCGGCUAUGUGCUGGGCCAGAUCCAGCACGAGGCCAGCAUCCCACAGCUGUGCGCGGCGCUGGAGAAGGCGGACGAGAGCGCCAUGGUGCGGCACGAGUGCGCAGAGGCGCUGGGCUCCAUUGGCAAAGAGGCCUGCCUGGAGGUGCUGCAGCGCUACCGCCAGGACCAGGAGCGCGUGGUCAAGGAGAGCUGCGAGGUGGCCCUCGACAUGCUGGAGUACGAGAACUCGGGACAGUUCCAGUAUGCAGACGGACUGAUGCGCCUUCAGGGCGUCUCGUGAGAGAAAGAGAGAGACUGAGUAAAGGGAGGUUGGCUGAGAGACUGGAUGGCGUGUAGGCUGGAAGUUUUCCUAUUACUGAAGCAGCCUCCCCUCUGCUGGCACUAAUCAUUAAAAAAUAACAUUUUAUGGUGUGCUGGUUUGAAAAAUGUGCAAAUGGGUGGAAAAGAAAAACAAAUGACGAGUAUUUGCUUAUUAUUUUAUUCACAGAGUGCAAUCCAUUAUGUUGUGCAAGAGUUUUUUGGCAGACAUAUUUAUGCCUUUGGAAUAUUAUUACAUAUGUAUCCCAGGCAAGCCAAGGCUAUUUCUCACAAUUCCUUCCUCCCAAUUACGGUCAGCUUUAAAUUGUCUUGAAGAGAUUUAAUGUGGCUGUUUUUUUUGUGUGUGAAGGGCACUAACUAAAAUAUACAUAACCUCUCUGUUGUCAGCGCAUUUUAUAAUUGGCAUUAAAUCAUUUUGUGUGAAAUAG